UCAAAUCGUGAGGGGCGGGAUCGGGGGCCGGGCUACCUAGUGACGACAGAGUGUGCGACGUUUCGUGUGUAGUCCCAGAGAGAAGUAAACAAUGGCUGCCCCUAGCGAAUUCACGGCGUCUUUCGAUUCAGCUUUGGCAACGACACUCGAAGAUUUGGAUAUUCAUUUCACCUUGCGAGACCAGCAGAUAACGGCAUUAAAGUUUUUUCUGCAGAAAAGGGACGUUUUUGGAGUAUUGCCCACCGGAUAUGGUAAAAGCCUGAUUUACCAACUUGCUCCGCUGGUGGGGCGACGCAUGGGUCUGCUGCACAAACCACUGGUGGUUAUCGUGUCACCCCUUUUAGCACUUAUGGACGACCAGGUACAAGAGGCCGAAAAACUGGGUCUUACAGCUGCGCAACUUGGCAAAAGCGACCCGGAGGAGAUCCGAAGCGGGCGGUACCAGUUGGUGUUCGGGAGUCCGGAGUCCUGGCUUAACAAGGAAUGGCGAUGCUUGCUAGCCAGCAAAGUCUACCAAGACAACCUGUUGGGCCUUGUCGUGGAUGAAGUUCAUCUCACAUACAAAUGGGGAAAGGCUGCUAGAGGAGAGAAGGCCUUCAGAGAGAGUUUUGCCAGACUGGCCGAGCUACGGUCCAUUGUAAAACCAGGUACACCUAUUCUGGCCUUGACAGCAACGGCAGACCUGGACUCGCAAGCUGUUGUCAAAAGGCAGUUACAUUUGGAGAAUGCCACUGAAGUAAUCAUAAGCCCAAACAGAAAAAACAUAAGGCUUGGACUGUCUACAGUGUCUUCAGAUAGCAUGGAGUGUCUGAACUGGAUUGUGAGGGCGGUUAAAGAGAAGGGUCCAACAAUGGCACCAAUAAUCAUCUACUGCCGUACAUUGCCUAUGUGCGGGAAGGUGUUCUGUCACCUACAGUAUGAACUUGGUGAGGACAGCUGGGUGGAUCGGGAUCCAGAACACACGGCAGAAAACCGACUCAUUGGCAUGUUUCACAGCCAAACACUUCCCCAUCACAAGAUCACAGUACUGGAAUCAUUACGUGGCAAUGGUUCAUGCAGAGUGGUUGUAGCCUCCACAGCUCUGGGAAUGGGACUGAACUUUCCUAACAUAUCACAUGUCGUGAUGUAUGGCUCACCUGAGGAUGUGGAGGCCAUUGUACAAGAGGUUGGCAGGGCCGGGCGAGAUGGGUCUCCAGCACAUGCCAUAAUUUACAAAUUGAAGCAGGAAGCAAGAGUGAAUGAGGGCGUUAAGACACUGGUGAAGAAGGGCAUCACUAGUUGCCUUAGGAAGGCCUUAUUCUCACACUUCGAACAAAACACUGAGUGUGUUCUGCCGGGCCAUUUGUGCUGCUCAUACUGCCACUCUGUUUGCUCUUGCAGCUCUCCCAGUUGUGACGUGGCAAUACCCGAUUACGAACUGCCUGAACAGUACACUCAUGCCGUUGUCAAAAGCAGAGAAGUUACAGAGGAUCAAAGACAGACAAUUAGAGAUACUCUGUACAGGUACAAGCUCAGCUUAGUCCAGAACAUGCCUCUGUACACGAACAGCAGCGACUGCACUGGUUUUAGUAACGAGCUGAUAGACUGUGUUCUUGAGCGCUGCACAGAUAUAUUUGAUCUCCCAUUCAUAAUGGACAACCUACCGGUGUUCAGUAAAAGGCACGGACAGGAAAUUCUCAGCAUUAUUUUUAAUGUCUUCGGGGAUUUUGAAUACACUGAAGUUGAUCUGCCUGUGGAGGAAACUAUGGUGCCAGACCAAGACUACACAGGUUACUUUGACUCUGACUCUGAUGCAAACGCCUUGUCCCAAUGGAGCAGUCUAGAAUCCGGGGUGUCACAGUUGAGUACAGACUGAAACAUUUGUUAGUCAUUUCAUAUGACCACUGUACAUAACUCUUACAUCUUUGAAAGUACUGCCUGAAUACUUAUGUCAGAUGACUGCCUGUAAAUAAAAUUGAAGAACGAUCUCAAUUCUUGUUUAAGUGUUUAUUUACAUUUACAUUUACAGAAAAAGGGUGAAUUAGUUGUGUACUUAAUAAUGUGCAUAUUAUUUACAAUGGGACAUAAAAAGCAACAUACCCAGGAUUUAAAAAUGGAAAUCAGUAGUCAAAUAGUAUUAAGAAAAGAAAUGCAAGAUAUUCUUGAUUGUGAAAUGGUAACCGGUAGUCAAAUACUGUAGAUACAAAGUAAAAACAAAAAAAACAUUUCUGACAAGUGACAAUGUUACAUACAAUGUGCUUUAAAGUGACUGGGUUGGAACUGGCUGGUUCAAUUGAGUUUAAACAUGUUUUACAAGUCGAGAUACUCGCAGCAAACACCGAAAAAUUGUGCUAAAUAAGUGUAAUUAAAUACGCCUGUUAGAAGAGGCCUAUAACAGUCUAGACAAUAUUUUGACAAACUGAAUGCAUGGUAAAGUGCAGAAAGGUAAGGGUGCAAUUAUGAGUCAUCAAGUGUUAAUGCUUAAAUACCUAAGUACUGCAUAGAUCUGAAGAUACCUAUAGGGACUUCACAAGACAAGAAACUACCAAUGAGUGAGAUUUAUUUUUUCAGUUUUCUCCACUCUUUCAGUUUGAGCAUCAUCCACUCCCACAUUUCCUUUUUUUUCAUUUUGUGCAACAGAUUGCUGUCAAACUUCGGGAAAGCCCGAAAUUCCCUUCCAGGUAUCUUUGACAACAGUUGACCCUCCCUGAAAACAUUAAUCAGAGUCAAUAUAUCCUGUGUCUGCUGCUCAGCACGAUGGAUGCCACUUGGC